CCACCUCGCACCCGAGCGGAAAAAAAAUUAAAAGAAUAAAAAACCUAAAAAUCGCCACACCGGCCUCCUCCUCGCCGGCCGCCGCGGCGACCGCGCGCGUCCACGCCAAGGCCGAUCCCGACGGACCGCCCCAUGCACCCAUUCUGCUGCGUGCCCCCGGUCCCCGUCUCCCCUGCUGCCGCCGCGGCUACGGCGGCCGCCUCGUCGACCGCGGUGGCCGGGGCCCCCGCCGUGAUGCCGCCGCCGCCGCAGCCCCCGCCGCCGCCGCCCCCUCCCCCGCGCAGCAACUCGGCGCCGGCCGAGCGGCGUGCGCUGCGCUGGGCGGCGGGGGGUAGUAGUGGCGGCGGCAACUCCUCGCCGCCGGAGGGGGUGAAGCUGAACGAGAUCGUCGGCGGUGGCAUCUCCGGGAUCCUCUACAAGUGGGUCAACUACGGGCGUGGGUGGAGGCCGCGGUGGUUCGCGCUCCACGACGGCGUGCUCUCCUACUAUAAGAUCCACGGGCCCGACCGCAUCGUCCUCUCGCGCGAGACCGAACGGGGCGCCAAGGUCAUCGGCGAGGACUCUCUCCGCCGCCUCUCCCGACCAUCCACCUCCUCCUCGUCCUCCGCCCACUCCAACGGUCACCACCUCCCCCGCAAGCCCAUCGGCGAAAUUCACCUCAAGGUGUCAUCCGUGAGGGAGAGCAGAUCGGAUGACAGGAGAUUCUCGAUUUUCUCUGGGACGAAGAGGCUGCACCUGCGGGCGGAGACAAGGGAGGACAGGGCGGCGUGGGUCGAGGCGCUGCAGGCGACCAAGGAGAUGUUCCCGCGGAUGUCCACGAGCGAGAUGGUGGGGCCAGGAGACACCGCAGCGGCUGUGGCUGUCUCUACCGAGCGCCUAAGGCUCCGGCUGCAGCAGGAGGGGGUCAGCGAGGCGGCCAUUGCUGACAGCGAAAGGAUCGUGCGCACCGAGUUUGAGGUGUUGCACAAGCAACUCAUGCUCCUUAAGCAGAAGCAGACGCUCCUCCUCGACACCCUCCGUCAGCUAGAGACAGAAAAGGUCGAUUUGGAGAAUACCCUCGUCGAUGAGAGCCAAAGACAAUCAAAAGAGUAUGGGUCCACUUCUAGAUCAAAGAAUGAGAAGUAUAGUGAAGGAAGUGCCAGUGAAUCUGAUGAUUAUAAUGAACCACAGGAUCCUGCUGAAGAUGAGACCGACGAUGAUGAGAAUAUAUAUUUUGAUACACGAGAUUUUCUUUCAUCAAGCUCAUUUAAAAGCAGCGGAUCUGAUUUCCAGAGAUCAGAAGCGGGUUCAGAUGACGAGGAUGAUUAUCCAAUGGAUGGUAUUGAUACUUCUAUGAAGUCUGUUGGAAUUAGUUACCCAUAUGUAAGAAGGCGUAAGAAGCUUCCAGAUCCAGUCGAGAAAGAGAAGGGUGUAAGCUUGUGGUCAAUGAUCAAGGACAAUAUAGGAAAGGAUCUUACCAAAGUUUGUCUGCCUGUUUAUUUCAAUGAACCACUUUCAUCAUUGCAAAAAUGCUUUGAAGAUCUUGAGUAUUCUUACCUUAUUGAUCGUGCUUAUGAAUGGGGAAAAAGGGGCAACAGUCUUAUGAGGAUUCUUAGUGUAGCUGCAUUUGCUGUUUCUGGCUAUGCAUCUACGGAUGGAAGAAGCUGUAAACCCUUCAACCCACUUCUUGGGGAGACCUAUGAAGCAGAUUAUCCAGACAAAGGCCUACGUUUCUUCUCAGAAAAGGUAAGUCACCAUCCUAUGGUUGUUGCAUGCCAUUGUGAGGGAACUGGAUGGAGAUUUUGGGCAGAUAGCAACCUAAAAAGCAAGUUCUGGGGUCGCUCCAUUCAACUUGAUCCUGUUGGUGUGCUAACCUUGGAGUUUGAAGACGGUGAAGUUUUCCAGUGGAGCAAGGUGACAACUUCAAUUUACAAUCUCAUAUUGGGUAAACUGUAUUGUGAUCACUAUGGUACUAUGCGAAUACAAGGGAAUAAUGAAUAUUCAUGCAAGCUGAAGUUUAAGGAGCAAUCAAUUAUUGAUCGCAACCCACAUCAGGUUCAAGGUGUUGUUCAGGACCGAAGUGGUCGAACUGUUGCUACGCUCUUUGGAAAAUGGGAUGAGAGCAUGCACUAUGUGAUGGGUGAUUGUUUUGGAAAAGGCAAGGGAUCUGAAAAUCUCUCAGAGGCCCAUUUGUUGUGGAAAAGGAGCAGACCACCUAAAUUUCCUACCAGAUACAAUUUUACUCGCUUUGCAAUCACCUUAAAUGAACUUACCCCUGGAUUGAAGGAAAAACUGCCACCAACAGACUCUAGAUUGCGACCAGAUCAGCGGUGCCUAGAAAAUGGCGAGUAUGAAAGAGCAAAUGCUGAGAAGUUGAGGCUUGAACAGAGACAACGACAGGCACGGAAGAUGCAGGAGAGUGGGUGGAAACCUCGGUGGUUUGCAAAAGAUAAAGCUACCGACACAUACCGCUACAUUGGUGGUUACUGGGAAUCCAGAGAAAAGGGCAGCUGGGAAGGCUGUCCAGAUAUCUUUGGACAGGUUCCUAACGAUCUGAUGAUAACUGACUAGGCUUGACCGCUUGAGUAGGUUACAGGUUUCUGGUUCUCUCUGCUUUUAUUCCUUCUGUGGGAUCACUUGAUUCCAGAUUUUUUAGUGGUUUAUAUUAGAGCAAUUAAACGGGUUUUGGCCUGUAAGCAGAGGCUGUGCUUCAGAUAUAUUGUUUCCGUACAUGCGAGGUUCGUCCAAAGUGUCACUUCGAAUCAGUGUUUUCUUGUGAGGAUUACGUUGCUCACAAGUUCAGAGUGCUUUGUCCUAGGCCAUCUGUGUAUACCAGACACGUAAAAUAUUCUUAAGCGCAAUAGAAUGAAAUUCAGCA